UUGUGACGAAUGACGAUUCCAUGUCUGCAAAAUGCGCACUUUCUCUCUCUCCUUCUCCUUUUUUAUAUAAAUCCUUCCGUUUACCUCUUCCCUUUUCAGAAGAAACCUCAAUUCUCUCUUCUAUUUCUCUCUCCGCAAAUUGCUUAACCUCUUCAACGAAGAAGAAGAACAAGAAGCAUUUGUACUUGCUAGAACUUCGCGUCAUUCAGAUUGCCCACUCCCUACGUAGCCACAUUAUCUGACUUAAACCCUUUGGCCCUAACCCAGCUGGAAAAUUGACUCAUUAAGCCAGACGUCUUUGUUUGCUUUCAGCGUCCGCUGAUUUCCGAGGCGUCUCCUGAGCUGGCCUUUUGAACUCGUUUCUGGUAGGAAGUUUUACUACUUAAUAUACUGAUAUUCAACGUCAAUGGUUGGAUUCCACAGUGACCAUAAGGCCGGGAACAAGUUCAAUGGUAAUUCUAAUAUUAUUCCGGAUCGUGUUGAACGUCUUAUGAGACGAAGAGAGCUUUUUAAAAGCAGCAAGGCAUCUCUUUUGAAUGAGGCUCCUGAUAGUAAUAAUAAUAAUAAUAAUGUGAUUACUGAAUAUUUUGAGCAUGACCCGCGCUUAAGGGAAGAUAAUAACUCUGCUGCUUCCUAUGAACGAUUACUGGAAGGAGUAGCGGCGGCAGUACGGGGCGAGAGGGAAGAUGGGAGACCUUUCAAACAAAGGCUUUUGGUGGUGGCCAAUAGGCUGCCAGUCUCGGCAAUUAGGAAAGGCGAGGAUUCGUGGUCUUUGGAGAUAAGUGCUGGUGGCCUGGUGAGCGCACUCUUAGGUGUGAAGGCUUUGGAGGCAAGGUGGAUAGGUUGGGCUGGAGUUAAUGUGCCAGAUGAGAUUGGACAAAAGGCACUUACUAAAGCUUUGGCUGAAAAGAGGUGUAUCCCAGUAUUUCUUGAUGAAGAGAUUGUUCAUCAAUAUUAUAAUGGCUAUUGCAACAAUAUUCUAUGGCCCCUUUUUCAUUACCUUGGACUUCCACAAGAAGACCGCCUUGCUACCACACGUAGUUUCCAGUCUCAAUUUGAAGCAUACCAGAAGGCAAAUCAAAUGUUUGCCGAUGUUGUAAACAAGCACUAUGAAGAGGGUGAUGUUGUUUGGUGCCAUGAUUACCAUCUUAUGUUUCUUCCACAAUGCUUAAAGAAUUAUAACCCUAAAAUGAAAGUUGGCUGGUUUCUUCAUACCCCAUUUCCAUCUUCUGAGAUUCACAGGACAUUGCCUUCUCGUUCAGAGCUUCUGCAUGCUGUUCUUGCAGCCGAUUUGGUUGGUUUUCACACCUACGACUAUGCACGACAUUUUGUCAGUGCAUGUACCCGCAUACUUGGACUUGAGGGAACGCCUGAAGGUGUUGAGAAUCAAGGGAAGCUGACUCGAGUAGCAGCAUUUCCAAUAGGUAUCGACUCAGAACGAUUCAUACGUGCACUUGACCUUCCUCAGGUGAAAGGUCACAUUAAAGAAUUACAAGAGAGAUUUAAAGGGAGAAAGGUUAUGUUAGGUGUUGAUCGUCUUGAUAUGAUCAAAGGAAUCCCUCAAAAAAUUCUGGCAUUUGAAAAAUUUUUGGAAGAGAAUCCUGAUUGGCGUGAUAAAGUUGUUCUGCUUCAAAUUGCCGUUCCAACAAGGACAGAUGUUCCUGAGUAUCAAAAGCUUACAAGCCAGGUCCAUGAAAUUGUUGGUCGCAUUAAUGGCAGAUUCGGAACACUUGCUACUGUUCCCAUACAUCACUUGGAUUGCUCUCUUGAUUUUCAUAAACUGUGUGCUUUGUACGCUGUUACGGAUGUAGCACUUGUCACCUCUUUAAGGGAUGGGAUGAAUCUUGUAAGUUACGAAUUUGUGGCCUGCCAAGAUAAAAAGAAAGGGGUUCUCAUUCUCAGCGAAUUUGCGGGUGCUGCACAGUCACUUGGCGCUGGGGCAAUUCUGGUCAACCCUUGGAACAUCACAGAAGUUGCUGCUGCAAUUGACAAGGCUCUGAAUAUGAAAUCCGAAGAACGAGAGAAGAGACAUAAGCAUAACUUUAAACAUGUAACAACCCACACUGCUCAGGAAUGGGCAGAAACUUUUGUGAGUGAACUAAAUGAUACUAUUGAUGAGGCACAACUAAGGACAAAACAAGUUCCACCACGGCUCCCGAUGGAGACUGCAGUUGAACGUUAUUUGCAGUCAAAUAAUCGGUUGAUUAUUUUGGGUUUCAAUGGAACUCUAACUGUACCAGUUGAGAGAAAAGGUGAUCAGUAUCAAGAAACGGAACUCACAGUGCAUCCAGAACUGAAACAACCCUUGGCAGAACUUUGCAGUGACCCAAAGACCACAGUUGUUGUGCUUAGUGGAAGUGGUAGACCAGUUCUAGAUCAAAACUUCAAAGAGUAUGACAUCUGGCUAGCAGCGGAGAAUGGGAUGUUUUUAAACCCUUCUAAGGGAGAAUGGAUGACAACAAUGCCAGAGCAACUAAAUAUGGAAUGGGUUGACAGCGUGAAGCAUGUUUUUGACUACUUCACAGAUAGAACACCUCGAUCACAUUUUGAAGAAAGGGAAGCUUCACUUGUAUGGAGUUACAGACAUUCAGAUGUUGAGUUUGGAAGACUACAAGCAAGGGACAUGUUGCAGCAUCUCUGGACAGGGCCAAUUUCUAAUGCUUCAGUUGAAGUUGUUCAAGGGAGCCGGUCUGUUGAGGUGCGAGCUGCUAAUGUUACAAAGGGAGCAGCCAUUGACCGUAUUCUAGGGGAGAUAGUCCAUAGUAAAUCCAUGACAACACCAAUUGAUUACGUUUUGUGUAUAGGACAUUUUCUAACAAAGCAGGAUGAAGAUAUAUAUGCGUUUUUUGAGCCAGAGUUACCUUCUAUUGGUGUGGGUCUUCCACGAAGUAAGGUAACAGAAGGAGUUAAGUUUCCUGCGGAGAGGAUAUCAUCGUUGAAGAUUCCAGCUAGUAAAAAUGGAGCAGCAAAAUCAUCCCAAAAUAAGGGACAACGUGUUGUGCCAAAUUCUGAGAGGAAAACAAAUAAUCAUGUGUGCCGUGCGCCACGUCGUCCAGCUCCUGAAAAGAUAUCUUGGAAUGUCCUUGACCUGAAGAAGGAGAAUUACUUUUCUUGUGCUGUUGGAAGAACACAAACCAAUGCUCGGUAUACGCUUGGAUCACCCGAUGAAGUUGUUUCAUUUCUGAACGAACUAGUCAACGCAUCUCCGUACUCUUAUGUCUAGAGUUAACAAUUACAUACUUCCCAUAUCAAUCCCAUUUCCUUCAACUGCUAAUAUUUCAAGAGAAAGUUGGCCUUUUUGUCUCAAUAUUAAUUCUUCAUGAUUCAUCGGGUUUCAUUUAGUCGAAUUUGCUUUUCAUUUUCACCCCUCCUAAUAAUAUGCUAAGUUUGCCUUC